AUCUGAGGCUUGAGCAAACCAAUCUUCCCUUUCAUUCAACUUCCACCUACGACCUUGGUUGCAGCUUUGAAUAUUGUGCACAAGCUUGCCGUCGUGUCGGACGGCCAAGCCUCAAGCAGAGAGUACCCUCCCGAUGUUUGUCCCGUUGUUCGGCGGGCGGAUCUUGUCUUUUGCCCAAAAUUCUAUGUGAAUGGAAGCAGACUGCCGCCCUUACUUUACCACUUCUUCAUCUUUGUUGCCUAGCACAAGUCAGGAUGUUGUCGCGAGUGCGCUUCCGUCGCCUACCAGGGCGAUUAUCCUUUGUCUCACACUUCCAUACGUCAUAUCCAUCGUGGGCGAAGGUCCACAAAACCUUCAAAUUAGCGGAUAUUGGUGAAGGUAUCACGGAAUGCGAGGUUAUUAGAUGGAGUGUCAACCCUCCAGACUCGAUAGCAGCAUUCGACGCGCUCUGUGAGGUUCAGAGCGACAAGGCGAGCGUGGAAAUCACUAGUCCCUUCGAUGGUACCGUGAAAGAGCUGCUGGUCAAGGAGGGCGAGGUUGCAAGGGUCGGAUCAGGUCUUUGCAUUAUCGAAGUGGACGAAGAGGUUGCAGUAUCUUUGGAGGAGGACGCACCCUCUGCUUCACAGCAAAAUAACGCGUCUUCCGGUUUACAGCCUUCGGAAGCCAAACCGAAGGAACAGACACCUUUCCCAACGAAACGCAGACCACACCCACUGGAUCCGAAUAUAUCACCUGAACAGCAGCUCUUAUUACUUGGUAGAAACCAUGCGAACGUAUUGGCUACUCCAUCUGUCCGUCACUUCGCCAAGCAGAAAGAUGUUGAACUUUCACUGCUUGUUCCCGGAAGCGGAAAGGCUGGCAGGAUCGAAAAGCGCGAUAUUGAGGCGUAUCUGCAGAUAGGAAUUUCGGCGACAAACACGAAUUCCGCCACGUCCACUACUUCAAAAGAUGAUCCUGCAGAGGACGCUAUAGUGGAGUUUGGCCGGACGAGAUGGAACAUGUACAGAGCGAUGACGAAGAGUCUAGAGAUCCCGCACUUUGGAUAUUCUACUAGCCUCGAUCUCACCGUACUGCACGAGAUCCUCCCAAUUAUUAACUCGCAUAUCCCAAGACAUUAUCUCCCAACGUCGCUACAUCCCCCUCACACACCUGCAUUCUCCCCAUCUGCCAUUUACCCUCAACCUGCAUCCCCAGACGUUCCCUCGUCAGGACAUUACACCAAACUGACAUACCUUCCGAUCCUUCUGAAGACAUUGUCAAAAGCCAUGCUCGAAUGGCCACUCUUCCGGUCUUCCAUCACACCCUCGACCUCCACCUCGGACAAGCCGACUCUGACAGUUCGACCGAAUGCCGAUAUUAGUAUCGCUUUGUCGACCCCGACAGGAUUGUACACCCCUACGCUCCAACGCGUGAAUACACACUCUGUGUACUCCGUCGCUUCUCAACUCAAGCACAUAUCUCAUUUGGGUCGUCAGAUACCAUCCGGACUUACACCAGCCGAGAUGCCCAAACGUGGCGGUACAGUUACAGUGUCAAAUGUCGGUGGGAUUGGUGCCGGUGAAGGCGCUUCUCCGGUUCUUGUUCCGGGGACAGGUAUCGCCAUAGUUGCCAUCGGACGAGCGAAGUGGAUUUGGGACGUUGACCGUGGCGAUGGCAGUGGCGAAAGGAGAUUGAAGGUGAACGUGAGCUGGAGUGCAGAUCAUAGGGUGGUCGAAGGCGCAGAGUUGGUUGCGUUCAUUGAGUCUUGGAGAUCAUGGGUUGAACAUCCACAACGGUUGAUCGCCGAAGGUGUGUAGAUAAUAAAUUGUCAGACAAUGUCUCUUGGCCGAAAUACCUGUAUAUUGUACUACCCUUGUCACCUUGUCCCAUUGCAAUGAAAAGAAUACUCGUAGCCGACGACCUUGUUUAAUACUCGAGCUUAUAUAACCCAACAAUACAGAUACUGCUUGACUGAAGGCC